GUACCACGGACGAGGCACCACGGGCCCUGGACAGGGAAGAGUAUCCCGCUUGUACACCCCCUACCGCAUUUGUCGAUAAACAUCCAUUGGAACGAGUUGACUUCUUGGGUUUUGUUCGUGACUCAAUUGAUUGCUGGAAACGCCAUAUGGCAUACCAGUUUCAAUCACCCGGAGUUCUGCCAAGGGCCAGUUCUUACAUUCCAUCCAAUCUGU